AGACACCAGGUUCUCAGAAUCAGGGCUGCUGAUGAAGCUCAGGUGGAGAAGUUGAAGGAGCUGGAAGCUUUGGAGAAUCUUCAGCUGGAUUUCUGGCGAGCACCGGCUCACCCCAACCUCCCCAUAGAUGUCCGUGUGCCCUUCCACAGCCUUCAAGGGGUCAAGGUCUUCCUGGAGAGCAAUGACAUCCAAUACUCCAUCAUGAUCGACAAUGUUCAGAAAUUGAUUGAUGAGGAGAGGAGUCAUAUGAUGAGCCAACGUCAACUCCCAGAAUUGUCCCUCGCCAAUUUUAACUUUGCUGCUUACCACGACUUGGAUACAAUCUAUAGCUUCAUGGACCUCUUGGUGCGUGCGAAACCCCUCCUGGUUAGCAAAAUUGAGAUUGGCCAGACAACUGAAGGACGUCCGAUUAACGUCUUGAAGUUUAGCACCGGGGGAACCAACCGGCCAGCGAUCUGGAUUGACACCGGCAUCCAUUCCCGCGAGUGGGUCACUCAGGCCAGCGGAGUUUGGUUUGCAAAGAAGAUCUUUGAAGAUCACGAGACGGAUCCUUCUCUGGCGUCCAUCAUGAACCAGUUCGAUAUCUUCUUAGAGAUCGUCACCAAUCCUGACGGUUAUGCCUUCACGCACACCAAGGUAACUCUUCGUGGCGGUGGGGCAUCCGUGGCAAACACGAGAGGCGCCACGGAAACGCUCUACGUUCUGGUUCCUCCUGACAUUCGUUGGAGCC